ACGUUCGUCCUCGUCUCCACGCCCACGUUCGUCCCCCGCCUCCCCCUCUCCCACCCCGCGUGAGCCGCCGCCCCUGCUCCCCCUGUUCGCACCCGCCGCCCCUGCUCCCCCUGUCCCGCGCCGCGGUGACAGGAUCCGAGAACACCCCUGCGGACGCGUCCAGGAUUCAAGGCCUCCCCCUCCCUUCCCCUGCCCUCACCCCCUCGGCGAUGCCCGGAUUCAUGGUGGCGCAGGCGCUGGAGGCGUCCACAGGGGGCGACACCGUGACCCUGCCCCCGUUCGACAUCAGCGCUCCUCCCCCCGACCACCGUCGAUUUGGUGUCUGAGCCCUCGCUAGAUCUCGCACCCUCACCGAAGCCCUCAUUGGAUUCGACGCCCUCACUGGAGGUUGCACCGCGAUGGGAUCUAGGAACCGUAGAUGGCCUCGACCACCCACGUGGGUUGUUGCCUCUGCGGAUGAGACGCAGCGCCAAGGGGCCAGAGGAAACGACGUGAUGGACCUCAUAUCACAGCUCAUGUCAUGGUUCAUGCCUCUCAUCGCCUCCCGCCGUGGUUCGCCGAGGCCGCCCCAUGCUGCACGCCAUGGGCAGCGAUGUCGCCUUCACGAAGCUCGGCAUGGAGUGCUACCCCAAGGAGGCCACCGCUGUUGGGGUCAAGGGAUUCCCCGACAUGGAAAAAUAACCGACGACGAGAUCAAUGCCGCCUCCGUCACUUGCUGCCGCAUCUACCUCAGGUCCGAGUCUGAACCUGGUAUAUCGCAAGUUCUUCGGCGGGUACUGCAACUGCUCAUACCAUGAUUGCAGAGCUGAGAACACCUUGAAGCUAGGAGAUGUCAUCCAGUACCAUGAAUGUGGUUACCGCAUUCUCUAUAAGAAGCGGGCACCGAUCCAUGUGUAGUACCAGCAAACUUCCCAUUUUCUAUGACUCCAAGGCCUUAUGUCAUCCAGCAAUGGCAGUUGCCGUUCAGUUUGGACUAUAGAAUUCAAUUAUGAGUUCAGUUUGUUGAUAUUAAAGGAAAGAUACAGGUCAGCCUCUUUUACUUAACAAGGUAAGAGCUCUAAAUUUAUGUUAGUAUAGUAGAAGUUUUUUUGUUGUAAAUAUCACUUGCAUAUACGCCAGCUAGAUGCUCACUAUUUGUCCUCUCUCAAGGUCUCAAUCUGUCUGAUGUUUAUUCAACCGAUUAGCUAUCAUCAUAAACCUGAAUAACAUUUUGCUUUGUUCAUGUUCAGGAUUCAUACUUAAAUACUUAACAAGGUAAGAGCUCUAAAUUUAUGUUAGUAUAGUAGAAGUUUUUUUUGUUGUUGUAAAUAUCACUUGCAUAUACGCCAGCUAGAUGCUCACUAUUUGUCCUCUCUCAAGGUCUGAAUCUGUCUGAUGUUUUAUUCAACUGAUUAACUAUCAUCAUAAACCUGAAUAACAUUUUGCUUUGUUCAUGUUCAGGAUUCAUACUUAAAUUUAUCUGAUGCAAUUUUUCAACUGAACGUGAACUUGGCAGGGGUGAGUACGGAGUAGUGUACAAGCGAGUUCUGCAUUGAGCUGUCGUAGAGAGCGUAGACAGACACUCUAGCCAACGUUGUUGGCUGGGAUUGGAACACAAAAGCGAGACAAGGGAUGAGAAGCACAGGAGGAGCCAGGUGAGGUGAGGUGGCGACACACAGGAGUCGGGCAAGCUCAGCUCAUCUCAUCUCAUGCUCUACUAAAAAGGAUUAGCCCAUCUCAAGAGAAAAGAGUAACAUUGUCAGCCCACUGCAAUAACCACACUAUUACCAGUCUUGAAAUUCACUUUUUGUUUGUUUGUCAUAGAACCAGGGAUUCAUGACAGGAAAUGAUCUCCUUCUCAAGAUAAGAAAAUUGCAUUUAAGUUACUAAUCAGUGUAUGGUUUACUAGUUUGGCGGAGGCCUCAAUCCGGGUCUAGACCAAGGUCAUGGUGGCGACGAAGGUGGAGGCCGAGGUGGAGGGUGAUGCUUCCACUCUCAGUCUUGGGGUGGGGUCGUGGGGAUGACAUAUGAGAGUGGGGUGCAGUGGUGGCUCGUCGACAUCAGCCAUUGGCACCCUUCCCCUGCCCAGUUCGAUGAUGCACCCUCCCUCCUACUACUUCACGAUGGCACCACCAUCUCCAGGUACCGUGCCGAUGGAGGAAAGGAGAAACAAGGUAUUUUGAAGAUUAAGAGUGAUGCCACAUACUUAGCGAUGGGGUGCUUGAUAUCCUAGAUAUUGUACUAGCUUCAGACCUCGCCGAAUUGACACCUUCGAAGAAAUGAAGUCGCCAGAUUGGUAGGCUUUGAGUGUUUCACCAGAGGAAGUAUGUAGUGCAGUUAAGGAAGGAAAUGAACUUCCAUCAGACUUGAUAGACACACUACUAAAGUGGAUCCCAAGCAAUGAUGAGGAGCUUAGGCUUCGACUGUCCUCCCAUAGCACCGCCACACCGCAUGCGUCCGCGGCGGCGUCCGCCUCGGCGCCGGUCUCGCACACCGCUCCCUAGCUGGGGAAGUUCAUCGCCUCCGAGCCCUUCAACGUGGGGGGAUUCGAUUGGGCGAUCUACUUCUACCCCGAUGGGAAGAGCGGCGAGGAUGGCGUUGUCUACGUCUCGCUCUUCAUAGCCCUGGCCAGCGAAGGCACCGAUGUGCGCGCGCUGUUCGAGGUCACGCUCGUCGACCAGAGCGGCAAGGGGCAAGACAAGGUGCAUACCCACUUUGGGAGGUCUCUCGAGAGCGACCCAUACACCCUCAAGUACCGCGACAGCAUGUGAUGAGUCUAUGUACAGGUUGUUUCCUACGGUAUGCUUAUCUAUGGUGGAAAGAAAAAGUGAUUGACUCAUACUUGAAAAGAAAAGAUGGCCUUUGCCCAUUGACGCCUGAGACAACCAGAAAUUUGCCAUGACCUCGUUCCUGACCAAGAAAAACUGUCAAGCACAGAAUCACAGUUGAUAUAUUGGGAUUCCAAGGUAUCAGAGGCUGAUAUGGAUGCAAUGUGGAAACAUCCUGAUGUGUAUAAGGAGUGGAUAAAAUCUGGUGAGAGACGUGGAAAUGUACGAUUCUCCCAUGAUGCAAAGAACAUGCCUUACCUUUCUCGCGUCGAGGUGAAGGAUAUGAUUGCCUUCUCAUGUUGUGUAUAUGAUGGUGGUGAUGAGGAGAAGGAAAUGGAUGCAGCCAGAGAAAUAGGUUGGAGAGGGAAAUUUACUAAGAGAGGACGUGUAAUAAGACCAGGAAUUAUUAGAAUGAGUGGAAAAUGUCCUCUUACACCUUUGGAGGUUGGGUUAAUGCUUCGUGGAAUGGAUUUCAGCAAUAAGACUGCAAUCUUUUUGGCAUCUGGAAAGAUUUACAAAGCAGAGAAGAACAUGGCUUCUCUUCUUGAAAUGUUUCCUCUCCUACAGACAAAAGAGACACUGGCAUCAGAAGAGGAACUUGCUCCAUUCAAGAUGGCUGCUGUUGACUAUAGUAUUUGUGCCCAAAGUGAAGUUUUUGUGACCACACAAGGUGGAAAUCCCGCAUUUUUUAUGGGUCACAGGAGAUACUUGUAUGGUGGGCAUUCAAAAACAAUUAAACCAGACAAAAGAAGGCUUGCUGUACUCUUCAAUAAUCCACGUAUAGGGUGGACGGCAUUGAAGCGGCACUUGCUUAAUAUGAGAGCAUACAGUGAUGUCAAGGGGAUCGAAAUGAAAAGACCAAACGAAUCUAUAUAUACCUUCCCGUGUCCUGACUGCAUGUGCCGCUUGAACAGAACAGAACACUCGAAAUCCAAACAGAGUAGAUAGUAUAUUUCGUAUGUAGACCAAAUGGCUAAAACCAUCCAAUAUUUUCAUAGACUGAAAAUGCAGAGAAAGCAACAAAGGUGUAUCAAUACAGUCGUACAAGCUUAGUAUCGGAUGGUUUUUAAUUUGUAUAGCAAAGCACGGGCACAUACCUAUAUAUCUUUUAAUGUAUGUAAAUAUUCUUAACCUUUAAAAGAUACUAACAAGCAGGUAUAACGAUAAUUAAUGUUUCUA